CAGAUCUUGGCUGAGUUAAGAAGAAAAAGGAAACAUAAUGUGGAUGCCAAUCUUGUUGAGUCUUCUAGUAUUACCAUAGAUCCCAAUAGACCUUCGAUUGAGGAGGUCGUCAAGAGUUUCAGCAUUGAAAAGUACGGCGUGACGAUGCCGCUGAAUGGAAAUAAGGAUUUGUCUGGUGAUUUUGUGGUUAGAUCAACCAUGGGCAAGGGAUUUGACACCUUCAGGGGCAUUCUCCGGCAGCAGGGGUUAGAUAAUUUCUUUAGGGCUAGCUGCUUUGGGAUCUAUUUAGAUUUGCCUGAAGAUACCAGUGCCCGAUUUCAAAUGACAAUGGUUUCUGAGCUUUUGAAGCGUAAGAUUAUUUGUGAUAGAAAGGAUGAGAUUUGGAUCAAUUACUGUGGCAUGCCGGUUUGCUUUGGCAUGAAGGAGUUUGCCAUAGUUACCAGAUUGAGAUGUUAUCCUUAUGAGCCUCUUCCUACUGUUGUAUUAACCAAGCCAGCCCAGACGCCCAAGGCAGACAAGAAAGCGAAGGGUUCCAAAGCUACGAAUAAUGUCUAUUUGGUAAACUUAGUGGGAAAAAGCUACACUCAAAAGAAAUUAUUGCAAGACUUGGAGUCCAAAACUUUCUCAAAAAAGCACAAGGAGGCACUGUGCUUAGUUUGGUUUGUGCAUAGUGUUCUUUGGGAAAGAGACGUAAACUACAACAUACCGCUUGGAUUGAUUAAACUUGCUGAGGACUAUGAUGCCUUCAACAACUAUGCCUGGGGUUUUCAAAGCUUUAGCUUGACUGUUGAAUAUUUGAUGAAGGAUUUGAAGCCAACGGGGAAAACACAAAACCUAUAUGGCUUCCUUUGGGCUUUCAUGGUAAAUUUUCUUUAAUGUUUUACCUUCUUUUUUUAUUUUUUUUAUUUCAAUCACUAUUUUGAUUUUUGAUGGCAUCUUUUUUUUCUAGGCUUGGGCAUUUGAAGUCAUUCCUCACCUCAGGCAUCAAGUCAAGGAAUACUCCAAAGAAGUUACCUAUCCAAGAAUUCUUAGAUGGCUCACUGCCAGGAACAACACAAAAUUGAGUGUUGACCUUUUCAACCCCCCUAAGGAAGCUGUUGUGAACCCAUGGCUUGUCCCAACAAUAAGAGAGUUGGAGAUGCCAUGCCUUGUCACCUUUGUGCCCAUAGAAUUUGUGCCUGACAGACUGAUUGAUGGGUUCAAAGGUGAAUUGG